AACUCCCCAUUCAAAAAAGUUGGGAGAGAGCAUAAAAAUUCCAACGACGCGUUCUGUUUACCAAAAUAAGCCGAUAAGAGUUUCUUUUCUUUUUUUGAUUUUGCAAAAUUGCUACAUUUUGAAAGCGUAAAAUAUGAUUUAUUUCUGAUAAGUUGAACUAAGUGCAACGCAGUGUGUUCGUGUAUUUUUAGUUUUGUUUUUGAAGUUGCGAUUUCUUGCGGGUCAAAAUGCUCAACAACUUUGGCGAGUGCAUCGAGGAUUUCGAAGUGUUCGAGCUGCUCGGAAAGGGCGGAUUCGCCAGCGUUUACCGGGCAAAAUGCUGCCGAACGGGGAUUUUGGUUGCCAUCAAAAUGAUCGACAAAAAGCUGAUGCAGUCCUCGGGGAUGGCAAACCGAGUUCGACAGGAGGUCAGCAUUCACUCUCGGUUGAAGCACCCGUCCAUCCUGGAGCUGUACACCUUCUUCGAGGACGCCAACUUCGUGUACCUGGUGCUGGAGCUGGCCGAAAACGGAGAACUUCAGCGCUAUCUCCGCGACACCAAGAAGACCUUUAACGAGUACGAAGCGGCUACCGUGCUGAAGCAGGUCGUCGACGGACUGCUGUACCUUCACUCGCACCAGAUCCUGCACCGGGACAUGUCGCUGGCGAACCUGUUGCUGACCAAGCAGAUGACCGUCAAGAUCUGCGACUUUGGGCUGGCGACGCAGCUGUCGCGACCGGACGAGAAGCACAUGACGCUUUGCGGAACGCCGAAUUACAUAUCUCCGGAGGUCGCAUCCAGGGCAUCGCACGGUCUUCCGGCGGACGUUUGGGGCUUGGGCUGUAUGCUGUACACGUUUUUGGUGGGCAGGCCACCGUUUGACACGGACGGAGUCAAGUCUACGCUCACGAAGGUGGUCAUGUCCAACUACACGCUGCCGUCGCACAUCUCGCAGGAAGCGCGAGAUUUGAUCGAUCGGCUGUUGAAAAAGAACCCGGCGGAACGCAUCAAGCUGGACCAGGUGCCGCUGCAUCCGUUCAUGCAGAAGGCGUCGUCGUUCGAAAAGUGCCAAGGUGGGACGCUAGCGUCCUCCGACAGUGGCAUCAUGACCAUCUCGAGCGGCAAUCGAUCGAACAUUCCGUCAAAUUAUAGCCAAGAGCGCUACCAGCCUCCAGUUCAAAUGCCUCUGCGCUACCAACCGAUCAGCGAAGACUUCCAGGAGAGCAUACUUCCGGUGCGACCUCAAUCAGCCGCCUACGGCCGACCACAGACGUCCGAUUUCUACUCCGGGUUCAGCGGAGACCAGCAGCAGCGACCUUCGACCGCGCAACCGCCCUUCGUCCAUCACAUGAACCAGAUCUCGCUGCUGCAGCAGUUCAACAGCCUCGAACUGAUGGAAAAGUACAACGUCAACAAGGCCGAAGUGGUCAGCGUAGGACGGUCCAACUCGACAGGGAGUUCCGGGUUGAUGCCGAGGCAGGAUCAUCACCACCACCCGCCACAGAUUUCCCUUCUCAACUCGCGACCCAAGUCGGCUUCGGUUUCGGUGCUGAACGGCGAGCAUUACGGAUUCUACGGCGACAAGGAAAAUUACCGCCAGGCUGAGAAUGGCGCGACGGAGUCAGAACCGCUCAAUCCGAGGAGUUAUGACUUUCUUGACCAGUUUCAGCCAAGAGACAAUCAUCGCAAGAGUCCGCCCCGCCAUAGCAAGCGCAUUGACAUUCCGCCACUGACGACGGCCCGCCUCCAGCCCAACCGCCACAAAACCAAGAACGCCAUCCUGAGCAUUCAACCCAACGGCGAGGUCGUGCUAGAAUUCAUCAAGUACAAGUCCCGCGCCAAAGUGGAUCGCGUAGUGGACGUGUGUCGCAUUUCGUCCGACGGGUUGCGCUUCGUGCUGUACCAUCCGGACGGGGGGAAGGGCGUGGCGGUAAAGGACGAGCCGCCCGAUUUGCCACCGGGCGGGGCGGACGCCAUCUUCAGCUACGAGAAUCUACCCGAAAAACACUGGAAGAAGUACGCGUACGCGGCCAGGUUCGUGCAGAUGGUGAAGGCCAAGACGCCCAAGAUUACGUACUACAGCGAGCGGGCCAAGUGCCAGCUGAUGGAGACGCUGGAGGAUUACGAGGCGAACUUUUACAGUGGAACGAAGGUGAUCAAAUCGCCCCACGAAGGCACCAAAAUUGUAGAUAGCACCGGACGCACCUUCAAAGACACCACCGCCACCCUCAAUUCCGCCCUGACAAUGGAGUUCGAGCACUUCCAGCAAACGUUCGACCACUGCCUCAACAUCGAGCAAGCCCUCUCGGCAAUCCACACCGGAAACACCUUCCCACUGAUCAUCGGACGACGACCUGCUACUGCAACGAGCAACCACGAGAACAGCGUAUCAACCCCCCAAACUCCCCACCACAACCCCCACCAACUCUCCUCAUUCGCCAUGUCGGUCAACUCGGCCGCCACGACCAACAGCCGACGACCUCCGUGCCCAAAAGCAGCGCCCUCUUUUUCCUCCAACGUGGCCACCAAAAAGUGCACCAUCCCCGGCGUCGGCACCGCCGUCCAACUCUCGCAGGGCGUCGUCCAGGUUCAGUUCGUAGACGGCGCAACCCUGUCGCUAAUCCCGAUCGAGCAGGGUGGCGGAGUGACGUUUUCACCGUGCUUCGGAACGCCGCUGCAGCACUACUCGGCCCAGCAGCAGCAGGACGAUCCGGCGUCGCUGCCGGGCACGUUGCGCGACAAGCUCGGCCAGAUGUCGCUGGUGUUGAGGGAGUUGAAUGCCACCCCCGUGCCGUCCAUUCCGUUCAACUUCCUCGAGGGAUCCGCGUCGUCACCGCGGACGCCGUUGACGCGGUUUUUGCGGUAGAAAUUGUUUAUUUGAAUAGUUUGUAGCAGAUUGUUGACGCUAUGCACACUCUUUCUUUUAACUAGUUGACCCUCUCCCUGUACUGAUGUAAUUUAUUAUGUAGAAUCUAUAUUUAAUAAAAUAAAGACAAUCAAUCAAAGCGGGGAGUUGUUUCUUUUGUGCUCUAUCGAAGAAAGAAACGCCAUUCUUAAAAUUCUGAACCAAAAAGUUCAUUCUCUCUAAAAAGGUUGCUUGCUUUAUUCGAAAAGAUCGUUCUAACAAAACUUGACCUGACUUCUAGUGCGUGUCUGUGUAUGUUUGUGUGUGUUUUCUAAACGUCGUCUUUUUUGCUUUUCAUGUCGUCCUCGAACAUACUACGUAUAAUUCCAGGCGUAAAAACUUAGGGUGGGUCACAAUUUCGUUCGACAAACGUGCAACGAAAAUGGUUUCAAAUGUUACGAUAAGCAGUUUUUUUUAAAUGGAGCAAGCGAGAUUGUACGCAGCGUAACUUCUAGUGUUCAAAAAUGGUGUUGGCAUUUAUGAGAAAUGGAAGGGGGAUGAUAAAGCAUUUAGUUUGCAGCAGUGGGAUUAACGGGGAAAACAGCAGCGCAGGGGUAACAUCUAACAUGAGAACAAACGAUUUUACGAAACGCGAUAGGUAGUAUUAUUAUGAUUUAAGCAACACUCACCGGUGGUGUAGUGAAAGUUGUUCGAACUAAACUGUAAAUUUGUAAAAUUCUGAAACUUUAAGUUCUUAAAAAACAUAAACUUUGAAUUAGAAUACAUAAGAAUGCUUCUUUCUGCAGUUGCAAUAACACGUAUUUAUUUCAGUUUACUGUAUGCAAUCAAGUUAUCUAAAAGGAUUGAUUAGAGAAGAGACAAAGAGACUUCUCACUUUUUUUCAUUGAGAAGCCGAAAAAAAAUAACUUAAAUACAUAUUUCACUUUCUGUGCAACGACAUAAAAAAAUUAAACCCAGUUUUUGACGAUUUUUUGUUUUUAAAUCUGGACUUUUUUAAAGGUCCUAUAAACAAAUCUGGAGUUUUUUUUUAAAGGCCCUAUAAGAUAUUGUGUUUCAUACGUUUAUAGGACCUUUCCAUAAAAACUCUAUAAAUGUAAACAUUGAGUGUAUCCCGCCUACUCCGUUGAUAUAAAGUGUGAAGGGGAUACACUCAAUGUUUACAUUUGUUUGUAAGGCUUUACCAAAAAAGUCUAGAAAUAAUCUCUCAUCUUGGGAUGCAAUUAAGUAAGUAAAACAUCAAAUAACUUUAAAAAUGUUUUUUUUUUACUGAAAACAGUUUCUUUCAAUGACAAAAUUAAAUUCGAAAAUAUUAAUCCAAAUCUUCAUAAAAAAGUAAGCGAUUACAAUAAAAAAAAAACAAUAACCAAAAAUCCGAAUACGAACUAAAAAAAUAAAUCUAAAAAUUUCCCCGAAAUGUAGAUCUUCAAUAUUUUUUUUGUCUUAGAAUUAACAUUCUUCCAAAAAAAAAAUAAAUAAAUUGAAAUAACUUAGAUACUUUUCAGAAUCUCAAGAAAAAGCAUUAAUUUCCAAAGAAUGUUUUUAAUAUAAAAACAGUUUACAAAAAAUAUAUAUAGAAACCAUCGAACUUUUUUAUAAAAAAAUCUGGAAAAUUGAUCAUUUCAGUAAAAAUUAAACUGAGCAACACAUUUCUGGGAAAACACUUUAAAAUCAGAGAAAAAACAUAAAUAAUCAGCCUUUAUUAUGAUUAAAUUGUAUUCUUGAUUUUAUAAAGUUUUUAUGCGCAUCCUAGGAAUAGAUUUUCGUCAACUAUUUAAGCGGAAUGCAAUAACAAUGUUUCGGCUGUAACUGCCAUUGAAAUUUAGAGCAUCCUAAAUUGAAAUUGGUGGUAAUAUCUGAGAUCUGGCUUUCACAAAGUUCACAAAUAACACUUAAGUGCAAAUAACUUUUGAUAGGGUUGUCCGAUCUUCAAUCUACUGAACUCGUUGGAAAGGUCUUUUGAUUAUCUAUCCAACGACAGGUCGCAUGAUAGAUCCGGACAACGUUUUUGUCAAAAUAUCUUAGAUCCGGUCUCUAAAAAGUUCAUAAAUAACACAUAAGUGCUUAUAACUUUUGAUAGGGGUCAGAUCUUCAAUCUUUCGAACUCGUUGAAAAGGUCUUUCAAAUACAUUUCUAAAAAUGUAAAAAAAGACGAGGUUUUUUACAAAAACCACUCUUUUUACAAUCUUCUGGACUUUUGUUAAAAUGGUUUUUUUUUUGCAUAACUUUUGGAGUACAUACUUAACUAAAUUUUAUCAUUUUCAAUAGCGACUUAUGGGACCCUAAGACGGUCCAAAUCGGGUCAGCCAGUCACUAGCGUGCACAGGGUGGGGCAACGGCCCCACCAUUCUCUGAAAUUUGUUCUAAAUUUGGUCAUGGGUUGUCCACAAAUGACGUAUUUUUCAAAACGUCCUUAUUAUUGCCCCACCUUCCUCAAAGAGCUGGGCACGCUGGUGCAGCCAGUACCGAGAUAACUCUGUGCAUAUUUUUUUGGUCAACAUCCCACCCAGACAUUUGCUUGAUUCUGAGUCGAUAGGUGUACAUGAAGGUGGGUCUAGGAGGUCAAAUUAAGAAUUUCGUUUUUCGAGUGAUUUUAUAGCCUUUCCUCAGUAAACUGAGGAAGGCAAAAAGCCAAGCAUAAACGUGAUGGCUAAGUGCUUAAAAUUAGUUAAUCUUAAAUUAUCUAUUUAAUUUCAUUAUUUAUUAAACAUGAUGACAUUUAGGCAUUUGCUUGGAAAAUUAUUUUCACCAAGUUCCCUUUUAAUUUUGUGAAUUUAAUAUAUUUUUCUUCAAUUGCCAAUCUCAAGUCAGAAACGUUUGCAUAUUUGAAAAAAAAAAAUAAAAAUAGACACAACAUCAAAAUUAUUUGUUUGACACGAAUUAUUAUUUUUUCAACAAAAUAUUACAAAAAGUUAUUUUGUAACUAGUAAGCUUAGGAUUCCAGACUUUUUCCGAUUUUUUGACAAAAACCUAUGAUUCCCGACAUGAAAAUAUAUCCUUUAACAGAUCUAGGAACACUGUCAUGAGAUAUCCUAAACAAAGUGAAAUUAAAAAAAAAAAUUUCAUGAAAAUAAUUUCUGCGACCUUAUGUUUAUAUAGACUAGACAUUUCAGCUUCGAUAAAGUUUGACGAUCUGGCAACACAGUCAUUAGAUUCCAAUACUUAAGUAAAAUGUGUAUUUUUAUCAGUGAAUUGGAUCCUAAAAUUAUGCUUAAAUUUGUAAUAUUAUUGUUCACAAAGAUUAAGCUUAUUUUUCUGAGUACAAUGACCUGUUGUACGACCGCAAAGGAUUUAGAACGGAAAUCAAUUUAAUAAAAUUAACUUCGCGACCCUUCUUGACAGAAAAUGUCCUACUUGACAGCUCUCUCCAAGAGGACCAUAGUUGAUCCAUCGGAAAAUGUUGUCCUGGUAUUUUUUUUUGCAUUAAAAUGAAAAAAAAGGAAUCAGAAAUAGUUUUUAAUCGUGUUUUUUUAUAUUGUGCAUAAGAAUUGACACAGGGCUUGAGGACCAUAUUGUUUUGGAUAACCAAAAUAAAAUAGGUAUUCACCUUUAGAAUUGGGUACUAAAGCCCUAUGUAAAUUUUUAUGUACAACGGUAAAAAACACGAUUAAAAACCAUUUCUGAGCACUUUUUUUCAUUUUAAUGCGAUUUUUUUUUUGACAAGACAACAUUUUUUCGAUGGAUCAACUAUGGUCCCCUUGGAACGAGCUGUCAAGUAGGAGCUUUUCUGUCAAGAAGGACCGCGAGGUUAAUUUUUCAAAAUUGAUUUAAAAAUCCAUUUUAAACUCUAUGUGGUCGUACAAAGGGUCAUUGUAUUCACAAAAAUAAGCUUUAUCGCUGUAAACAAUAAUAUCAGAAAUCCAAGCUUCAUUUUAGGACCCAAUUGGCAAAGUUGUAUGAUCUGGCAACCCGGUCAUAACAUAUUCUUGCCUCUUGGAUAAAAAUGAAGGCGGAUUUCCAAUAACAUUCGACAACCAGGAGAUAUCUAGUGAAAUUUGGCCUACUACAGAGCAGUAAUUGUAAAAAAUAUAGAAAAAUAAAUAAUUCAUUUUAUGUAUUAGAAAUGUUUAGCAGUUUGACACACGCCAAAAUCAGUUUAAUAAUAUUACCCAAAACAAGUGGUAAAAAAUUACUUUCCACAUUGUUCUGAAAUUGUUUGAAUUUCUACAAUUGAGCAUUUUUGAUCCUCCAAUAAGCUCAAAAUAACUUUCACUACCCA